AGAGAGAGAGAUAAAGAGAGAUCUGAUCCUUUGAAGAAACAACAACAAAAAAAAAAAGAAAAAAAAAGAAGAAGAAGAAUGGCAUCAGCGGAUGAAAAGGUGGUGGAAGAAAAGGCGUCCGUGAUAUCAAGCUUGUUGGACAAAGCCAAAGGUUUCUUUGCGGAGAAGCUGGCGAAUAUCCCGACGCCGGAAGCCGCCGUGGACGACGUUGAUUUCAAAGGCGUGACACGUGAAGGAGUUGAUUAUCACGCCAAGGUCUCCGUCAAGAAUCCUUACUCUCAAUCCAUCCCUAUUUGCCAGAUCUCUUACAUCCUCAAGAGUGCCACAAGGACGAUCGCGUCGGGCACAAUACCGGACCCGGGUUCGUUGGUUGGGAGCGGUACGACGGUUCUGGACGUACCGGUUAAGGUGGCUUAUAGCAUAGCGGUUAGUCUGAUGAAGGACAUGUGUACGGACUGGGACAUUGACUAUCAACUCGACAUUGGGCUAACCUUCGACAUUCCUGUUGUUGGUGACAUAACCAUUCCUGUCUCUACUCAGGGAGAGAUCAAGCUCCCUUCCCUUCGCGACUUCUUUUAAUUAUUUCAACUACAGUUUUCUUUUCUUAAUCAUAAUCUAAUUCUAAAUAAUAUAUGUAUGAUCUAUAA